AUUCUAUUGUUUUAAUUAUCGGCACUUGACAUGUUGUUAUAGCCAUUGCUAAGACUUCAGUCUUCCUCCAAACCGAAGACGUCUUUAUUUUUUAAUAGUGCUACUCAUCCAUUUCAAAUUUUCACAAGAACCAUAAUAAUGACUUCUUCGAAAGUUAGACAACGAAUAAUCGAGGUAUUAAUUGACUGGAAUAAGAUAAUAAUCACAGUAGGUGCGCCCUUGAUACUGCUGCCCCUGCCCGUAGCGGCUGGUACUCAGGAAUCAAAGUGUGGAUUUCUUGUGUUACUGAUGGCUGUUUAUUGGAUGACUGAAGCAAUUCCACUUCCGGUUACGGGCCUACUUCCUAUUGUGUUCUUACCAUUGAUGGGAAUUAUGGAUACCGCUGCUACCUGUUAUCCGUAUAUGAGAGAUGCAAUAAUGAUUGGAUUGGGUGGAAUCCUAGUGGCGAUAGCUGUAGAACACUGCAACCUACACCAAAGAAUUGCUUUGCGUGUUCUCCUAAGUGUUGGAACAACACCUAGAUGGUUGAUGUUGGGGUUUAUGUUGACUAGUACAAUCUUGUCUAUGUGGAUUGGACCUACCCCUACUGUAGCUAUGAUGAUCCCUAUUGUAGACUCUGUAUUAAAAGAACUGGACAAUUCCAUUGAACUCCCAAGUAUGACCUUAAACUAUUGAA